AUGUCAGACUGCGAGUCGUCUGAUUCUGAUUCUUCGCCGUCCGAAGCUUCUGCUCGACGUCCCCAGCCGCCCACCAACGUGUACCGUCAGCGUAACCCCGACGAGGGUGAGAAUGACAGUUCGGCAACUGGCACUCGAGAGAGCCAUUCUGGUGCGUCGAGCAAACCGCCUCAGGGACCUGCCAGGCCUGCCGAGCAGGCUGGUAGUGUAGUUGAUCACCCAGGUUUUCCAACCGUGGAAGCCGUGGAUCGACCCGGUCGAGUCGCAGAUCACUCUGUGCCCAAAGAAAGCCGAAGUGUUCCGGAUGCUUGUUCAGUAGUUGCAGUUACAGCUGCAUCUACAGAAACAGGUCCCAGUGGCUCUAAUUUUUCUCCAAUCAGAAACCCUUUGGCUAAAGGGGGAACAACGAUGCCCAAGGACCGAGUGAGUUCCGGAAAAGUCGGUGCUGCACAGCUGGACUACCUACAAGCUUGGCAGGUCUCGUAUACUAAACUGAUGUCAAUUUUUUCUUCGGGAUAUUCUUUCCCGGUGGUGCGGCGUAGGAUCCCGCUAAAUCCGAAAGCUCCUGUGCAGGCAACGAGCAUCCUCCUCGCAUGGGAAAUAAGAACGCUGCCCACUGGGGCCGGUCUUAUAAUUAGUGGCAGUUCCGCGAAAAAUCGAUCAAACCGUCGAAGAGUCGCUGUCGUUGUGCCCAAGGCCAUUGCCCGCGUUGUCGUCGUGGACACGUCAGCGCCUGCGACGUUGCUUCCGUGUGGCGACACGGCCUGUGUAGGCACGUCUUCGGAAAACCCCCAGGGCGCAGCAAUCAAACGACGCUUCUUGCGGCAGUGGAGCAAAAUUUCGUCUUAUCGACGUUGA